AUGCCUGUGUCUGAUGUUGGUGUGUCGAUGGUGAUGCUGUAUGGUGACGUUGCAGAGUAUAAAGUGACAGGAAAUGACCUGAUACAUUUGAAUCUCAACUUUGUAUAUGACAGUGAUGUCCUUCCAAUGGAUCGAGAAGAAUUGCUGUCUGAAGUAUACGACCUUGUGUCGCCCAGCCAGAUGGCUGGGAAACUCGAUGUCGGGAUAGAAGUAGUUCCCCCUCCCUGGUUGUAUUCUCACGGAGUCCCUCACCAGGGGGGCGCCUCUGUCCUCUCAGUUCCUGCAGGAAAAGCAAGGUCAAGGUCAGAGUCUGGGGUGGAUGGGAUGUGGUCGGACUCUACUCCAACUGCUUCACCCGCCAGGAAGUAUCUGAAGAGGAAGUCCACCCCUAAUGCUCUGUUGGCUGCUAAGGGGUUGUCAAGACGACCGGCCCUGUUUGAUGUGUUCCGAGCCAGUGGGCCACAGUGUGUUCAGUGUUUCAUCAUCAAGCGGGGACAGGACGGAUACGACUUUGUGUGCGACGUUUCCAGUCAAGGCACAGUUGUCGUCAGGAGCGUCUCCGAAACAUCACCCUUGAGAGUUGCAGAUUUAAUAUUGGAAGUUAAUGGGAUAUCACUUAUCAGGGGAGAUAACUGUUCAUCUACAGAACUUUUACUUGAACGAUUGAUGCUCAAGUCUGAUCAACUGCAAAUGGUGGUUGCUAGGCAACACAGAAGGAGUUCUGUGACGGAAUGCUACGACCAACAAAACACAGACCUCAGUUUUAAGUUGAGUUCAUCGGAGCACCGAUGGCAGCAGCUGAGGGAUUUUCUGGUCGACCUCAAGUCCGAGAAUGUAGAUCCGAAUCAGGUGAUCAAGAAUACAUCAGCUGAGCACAUCAAUGAUGUGAAGGACAACAUUGCCCUCCAGGAAGAGGUACAACAACUGCAAGAAGCCCUGUCUGGCCAUACUAUGAAGGUUAGCGACCUUGAGAAAGCACUUGAAGUCAAGGCUGGUGCUUUACUUGAUGUGGAGAGACAGAGAGAUGCUGUCUUGGCAAAACUAGAAGCAAUAACACUGACCAAGUCAGGCAAGAACUCUGGCCCCAUGCCACCAGACCCAGACAGUGUAGGUGUGGGUCUGUAUGAAGAGCUGAUACAGCAUCUGGACCAGGAGACUACGUCCAAGGAGGAGGUGUUGCAAGCAUUGAGGGAGACGGUGAGGGAAGCGACGACACAGAAGACUUACCUGGACAAGUUGAUGUGUGUUGUGGUGGAGGAGGCAGCGUGGCUACUUGACAUCAUCAACACUGACCUUGCUGACCUCAGUGUACAGUCACAAGACAGCAACGAGGAGUUCUGCUGAGAGUUAUCUCCCUUAACUGAAGGUCAUAUAAUAUAGACAUAACAAAAUAACUCUAUUGAGUUACUUGCCAUAAUUUUUUACAGUGCCUUGGGUCACAUUUUAUAAUAUUUCUAUCAUUGUAUUGCAUCAGAUUACAGCUAGUUUUGUUUUGGUUUAUCUUUUUAGCUUACCAGGCCAAGAAUGGCUGGCUAGAGAUUGACUGUCACAAAUAGUCACUCUUUUCAUUUUACCUGCUACAUGGAUUUCAGUUUUCAUACUUGAUUUCACAAUCUUCCUGAAUCAGCUGCAUGUGCUGGUCUUGGUUCAAAUCUAUAGCUUUUGGUGGCAUCAGCUCUGGUGCCACAGAAAU